AUGUAUGAUGUGGUGCCGAAGAUCGUGAAACCUGCCACUGCAUCCACCAAAGGGUCUUAUGCAGAGCUCUUCAGCCAGAAAGCUGUGGAUGUCUUCGUGUCGCACUGGUGGGGCCAUGAGUUCAAGGAGUUUGUGAUGGCUUUGGAACAUGCAGCGCAGGAGAUGGUGCGCAGCAAGUUGUUUGAUCGUGACCCGGAGUCCUUGGUGUUCUGGAUUUGCAGCUUCGCCAAUGCCCAAUGGACUGUGAACCUGGGACAAUCCUUGGAGACUUCACCCUUCGAGCGCGCGUUGGCCAGUCGCAGCUGCAAAGCGGUGGUCAUGGUCAUGGACGAGGAGGCCAUGCCUUUGACUCGCAUUUGGUGCAUCUACGAAGUCCUCCGCACCAGUGUUCUAGAGCUUCCCUUCUACGUGGCGACCAAGGAUGGGGUCCUGCUUGGCCAGAACGUCCAUGCUUCACCUGCCUUGGCCAAAACGCUGCUGACCUUGGCGGACAAACUGCUGAAGCUCCAGCCCACGGAGGCCCUGGCGAGCAACGAGGAGGACCGCUUGGCCAUCGUUGACGCCGUGGCGGACUCCGUGGGUGUGCCACAGUUCGCGCUGGCCGUGCAGAGCAGCUUGUUCGGGGUGCUGCGCCAGGCAGGCUACGCCUUGUUUAGUCGGAACUGGAGCCUUAACUUUCGCCUCCUCCAAGUGCACCGGGCAGCGUCGCGGGAAGUCUACUGGCUGAAGGAGGGCAAGCAGUUCAGGUCCCGCUCCCACCGCGACAAGCCGCCGGAGAAGCGUUCCGGCUUCCACCGCGCGGCGCAGGAGGGGAACCGGGAGACCUUGAAGAAGCUGCUUCAGGAGGACGAGGAGAAGUGGAAAUCCAUUGAAGAGCUGAAAAAGCAAAUCAAAGAGCUUGCUUUCGGUGACUGGGAGUCUGGCAAGUACAGGCGCCGCUUGGAGUUGGAACAGCAACAAGAGGUGCUGAUGAACCAGAUCCAUGCGCGAUCGGAUGAGCUGGGACAGCAGGCCCUUCACUUGGCUGCGCGCUACAGCAAUCCGGAGACCAUCCAGUUCCUGGCCGGUCUUCCAAAGCCUGGACUGCAUGAACGAGACUUCCUGGGGCGCUUGCCGCUGCAUCGCGCAGCGGAAUCAGGUGAUGGGGAGCUCUUAGCUGCUCUGGCGGCUUUCCACAAGCCAGAGGAGAUCCUCCAGGAGCUUGACAAGAAGCAGCAGAGCACCUUAGAUUUGGCGGUGCUCUCCGGCAGUGUGGAGGCACUUCAUGCGCUCAACAUCAACGCCAGUAGCGUUCCAGAGCGCCAGAAGCGGGCACGGACACCCUUGCACCUGGCAGCACAGUGGAAUCACACGGAUGUCUUGGAGUGCUUGGCCUCCCUGGGCUUCGCCGUCGACGCCGAAGACGCCGACCUCACGCGCCCGGUGCACCUGGCCGCGCGCUUCGGGCACCGGGCCACGGUGGCAGCGCUGCUCGGACUUCAUGCUGACAUCACGGCCACCACAAGUUUCGGCCGCAGCGCGCUGCACUGGGCGGCCCUCAACGGCCACACGGAAGUGGCCGAGGAUCUCCUCGCCUUUCGUUGUCCUCUAGAUGUGCGGGACCGUGCUGGGUGGACACCCCUGCAUUGGACGCUGAGGCGUUGCCAUGCGUCCUGCAGCCGAAGCCUCCUGGAGGGCGCUGCCGAUGUGGAGCUGGUCGACCUCAAGAACCAACGCAGCAUGCUGCAUACAGCAGCCUGCUUCAACGUGGAACCCGAGCUGAUUGAGGAGCUGGAGGCCUUCUUGACACACACAGCCACGGAUGUCAGUGGCAAGACUCCACUUCACCUCAGUGCCCAGUGGGGGAGCCUUGGCGUGGCGGAGAAGCUCUUGGACCUGAAAAGUGACUUGGAAGUCCGCUGCAGCCACCAACGAACUCCACUCUAUCUCAGCGCGCGGCGCGGCAACGCGUCGGUCAGCGACCUGCUGCUGCGCCGCCGGGCAGAGCUCCACGCCGCAGAUGCCAACGGGGUCACGCCCCUCUUCGCGGCCGCCAGGCACGGGCACUUCAAGGUAGUGCUGGUCUUGGUUUCGCACCAGGCAGAUCUCACCUCCACGGAGAAGGACGGGAUGACUGCCAUGCAUUGGGCUGCCAAGCAUGGCAAUAGCGAGGCCAUUCGCGAGUUGGUGGCCUCCGUGCCCACGAACCCCUUCGCCCUGGUGGAAGCCACCACGCGCUUCGGGCGCUCGCCGCUGCACGUGGCCUGCAUUGCGGGGAAGGACGACGCGGUGCGCGUGCUCUUGGACCUGAGGAGCGAUCCGGCACAGCGGCAGAAGGACGGCUGGAUGCCGAUCCACUUAGCCGCACGCUUCGGGCACGAGAAGGUGAUCAAGGCCAUGAUCGAAGCGGGCUGUGAUCCCAACGUGGCUGGUGUUUAUGGCAAGACCGCUGCGCAUUGCUUGGUGCAGAGGGAGAAACUGCAUCUGGGCUUCAAUGAGCUCCCCUUGGAUGUCCUUGAGGCGGACCACGGGGGCCGCAACGUGUGGCAUCUCGCAGCAGCGUUAGGUCACACCAGGUACUUCAACCUCUACGUCCUCGCCCGAAAGAACUCUCAGGGUUGCAAGUACAUGAAGGUCCUCUUCAGCCUGGACGCCAAGGGUCGCACGCCCUUGCACCUGGCAGCCGAGAAGGGGCAACACCUGGUGGUGAAGCAGAUCCUAAGCAUCUUCUUGGACGAGGAGGGCCACUUUGAGCCCCGUUGGGAUCUGAAAGAGACCUACUACCGGCGGAAGGAGGAAGCCGCUUUGGAGGACCUCCUCCACGAUGAGCAGCCGCCCGCACCGCCGUUGAUGGCGGAUCACCGUGGCCGACUGCCGAUCCACCUGGCCGCCGAAGGCGGCUUCGCCCAGGUGACGGGAAUGUUGGCCAAGUUUAUGCUGGCGAAGCAGGGCUGCACCGUGGAGCAGCUGGAAGUGCCAGAUCUCGAUGGUUUCAGCCCGCUGCAGCUGGCACUGAGGAAGAAACAUUGGGAAGCUGCCAGGCGCCUGGCCACGUGGAUCGGCCGAGAGGUGCCGGAGCUCCGACAGGUGGACGUGCAGAUGGCCCGGCGCACGCCGCUGGGCACCAAGGUUCGUGUGAAGGAAGAUAUCACUCACCCUUGA